AUGGACAUCAAGCAAUUAGAGAGAUAGGUUAGGGAAAUUACUGAAUUAUAAGAUUCUAUUAAAUGUAAGACCUAACAUUUUCUUAAUUUUUUUAGAAACUUCAAAUUAUUGUUCCACCUUCCCAGAACAUAGUGGUAUGGUAGCAUUCAUUAUAGAAAAUGAAUUUAUAAGUGCUAGAAAAGAGAGAAAGAAACUCUAUUUAUUUCUUAUUCAUCAAAUUAUCCUAGAUGAAAAGUAAGCUAAAAGAAUGGAUCAUCCAUAUGUGAAGUGUUUUGGUUAAAAAUUGAAGAAAUUAAUUUAAGAUUAUUCAUAGUAACUAAUCAAAUUAAAACUAUAGUUAAGUAGAUGAAAUUGCAGAUUUAGAAAAAGCUUAUGCUGUAAUUAGAAAAUGGGAAAAAGACUUAAUUUAUCAUCCUAUAUUUUUAGAUAAGUUAAGAGGCAUUCUAUAACCUAAAUAUGAUCAACUCAAGUAUUAGCAAAUGAUUGUUAAUUAAAUUACUUAAAAUGAAUUAGCAAGCAAUAAAAUUCUAGUUCAAAAUUUAUAAAUAAUUUAAUAAUUCGAUUCAACAUAUAAAUUAUAUUUACAUUUGAAGUAAUUAAGAGAUAUUGAUGAUAAAUGUCUAGAUUUUAAUGCUAAUUUUGAUAAAUAUAUGAUUAAAUAUGAACUUGAAAAAAUAGAAGAUUAUGAAAUGAUAGCUGAUCUUUUAGACCAAGGUGAAACUUCUAAAAAUUAUUUAUCUGAAGUAUAUAUUAUUAUUUAUAUCUAGAAUAUAUGUUCCACAUAAAAUCAUUAUUUAGAUCUUGCUAGACUAGGUGAACAAUUAAUUAAGGAAGAUAUUGAAAAAAAAGAUAAUAAAAUUGAAUAUUAUAGAUCAAAAAGACCCAUUUAAUGA